AACGAGUGCCAGCAAGAGUAGACGAGAGAUCGCGUUCAGAGAGAGAGAGACCUUUGGUGCGAGAUUGGGCUUCGGCCCCCAAUAGCGUUUAAGUUGAAGAACAUCCGUCAUCGCCUUGGGAGAGAGAGAGAGAGAGGGGAAGAACAGCUGAAUAACUGUUGAAGAACAAGCACGAGCAGCGAGAUCAAGAGGAGAACGAAGGAAUAGAAGUGGGAAGGGGAAAAAAUAAGUAGUUUCCCUGUAAGGAGAGGAAGGAUCGGAAGAGAGAGAGAAAAAAAAAAAGGAAGAGAAAAGUGUAUUAGUCAGUGCUCCGACUGAAGCCUAGAAGAAGAAGGCGAUAAGAAGAAGAAGGCGAGAAAAAGCAGAAGGGAAAAGCCGAGAAGCCACAAGACAAGAUGGAGGUUCUGGCCAAGUCCCUGGCUGCUGCCCCGCGACUCCUCAUGUUGUGUAAGCCUUGUGCCGCCCGGCCCCGCACGCCCGCACCCACGCCCACCCACGAGUGCCACAUGGCCCAUGACAUCUCCACCUCCUCCUCCACCACUUCCUCCACCACUUCCCUCCAACCCCAACAAAUCGAGAGUCCCUUUGCUGCUAACAAAACUAACGACUUACUCAGAGCGUGCAGCACGUGCGCCCAGCAGAUCGCGCAGGCCUCCAGCUCCCAGCACGUGUGUUCACCCGCCCACGAACUCGCGCCGGCGCUCUCCAACGGCAACGGCAGCGGCAUGGGCGGCGGGAACGGGCGUCGCCUCAACCGCCGCACCGAGCUCGACUUCGAGGAGCUGAUGGCGCUGCAGAUGGCCGGCGACAUCGCGCUCAUCGAUGUCAGGAACCCCAAGGAGCUGGAGAAGCAUGACGCCAUCCCCGGGGCCGUCAACAUCCCCCUGUGCCACUUGAAGCUCGCCCUCCAGCUGUCCGACGAGGAGUGGGCCAGGGAGUUCCAGGUCGAGAAGCCCGCCAAGUGCGACCGCAACUUAGUGUUCUACGCCCGGGGUCCCAACGCCUCGAGUGCUGCUGUGGAGAUCGCCCAUCGCCUUGGGUUUAAGAUGUCAAGGCACUACAUCGGCGGGUGGGAAGAGUACAGCAAGAAAACCGGGCAGCCUCUCACCAAGAGCCAGGACCCCAGUCCCUUCAGCAACUACUACCAGAACCAGUUUGAUCAGUACUUCCUGUAGAUACCAGGAAUGAAAAACAGAAAAGGAAAAGAUAAUAGGAAAAACAGUUCAUGAAAUAAGAAAUGAAAAAAUGUAUCUUUGAGGAGAGAAGAUAAGGAGGAAUUUGAAUUUACUCGAAAUUUAUGCUGCAUCCUUCUCAGAGCUUUAGGGUUGCCCUUGCACAUACUCAUAGAUAUGGUUAGAGGUUAUCACAUAGGCAGUCUUAUUUUUUCUAUUUACACUCACGCUUCAUCGUCAUCUUCCCGUGUCUCCUUUACUUUAAAGAUUUUGUCCAGAUGUAGACAACACUUCAGCUUUUAGAAGGAUGGAGUUAAAUUAUUAAGAGGAAAAUAAAAUGCAAAGAGAUACAGAAUGCAAGAAAAUUAAUGGAGAAACAAGGGUAUGAUUAUUUUUUUUUCGAAAGAGGAUGAUGAUCCAAUGAAUUUCAUGACAAGGAAGUGAAUGAUAAAAAACUUCUGAAAUAAAAGCACAGUCAAGAUUAUGAGAGUGCAAACCAUUCAGUAUUGAAAGAGAGAAAAACAAAAUGAAAGACGAGAAAGCACACUCGAGGAAAGUAAUACAUAGGAGAGGAAUGGAAGAAUUCAUUUUCGAACCUCUUGUUAGCGCUGACAAGAGAGCAGAGAAGCACCACAAAGAAAGGCAUUGAUAUUAAUCCCUCCCCUUCCUUAGUCUCCCAAAUGUUGUACCAGUGAACCAGUAGAUAGUUGUCGCUCUUCAAGGGUGAAAUUUCUGCUCCCUCUUCAUACCUCUUCCGAGUAGAUAGUUGCCUACCAGUAUAUGGGAACAAAGUUUCUGCUGUGUUUUACUUAGAUGUUGGGGGAUAUGUAGUCAUCAUUUGUGUGUGGAUUAAAGAGAAGGGAAAUGUAACAACAGAAAAUUGUUAGAAAGAAAUGAUAGAGAGGAUUCAUGUGCAGUACUGUAUUUGAACAGAUGAAUAAAAAAAAAAAAGGUACCUGUAGGCAGGUUGUGAUGCAGAUAAAUGUAUAUUAUACUCCUAGUAGAUCUCAAUGAAAUGUAAUGUAAUAUAUAAUCCCCAAUACUCCUGCUCUCAUUUCCAGUGUACUAGUACAGCUGUAAUGCAUAGACCUUACGAAGACUGUUAACAAUUUCCUGUUAGUCUUUUCCCCUUUGUCUGAGGUAGCCAAGAAAGCUGGUGCCAAUCUGUUCUGUUAAGUUAUUAAAUGAAUUUUUUUGUUGACAGAAUCAGAGGAGUUAAUGCUCCUUUGAUAUGAAUUAUUCCUGAGUUACAGAAAUGUGAGGUUUUGAAGAGAAAUGAUUCUUUUCAUUCUGGCUGAGGUUACUUUUUUAAUGGCUUGUGAUUUGCAUAUCUCAUAAUUCUUAUGUGUAGUUUUAUUUUUCAUCAUUUACGUUUUUUGCUUUUGUUGAUUUUCCAUCAAGAAGAAAAAAUGGAAAAUGUCAUUAUUUUUGUCUCUAAAAAGAAAAAAAAAAGUAUUACGAUAAUUUUGGUUAGUGGGGUUCUAUCACUGCACAAUUCAUAUACCCUUUCAAUGGGGUUUGCAUUAGAGCUCAUCUGUUACAGAAGUACAGGAUUGCAAAGUAUGUUGCACAUGAUGAUUGGAGCUCAAGAAAUGUGGAUGUCCCUUUACUGCAAAAAAUAGUAAUAGGAAUAUGAUGUUUGGAGAACAAGAGAGUGAGGAGAGGGUGUCACUGUGGACUCACUAAUAGGUGUAUGAAGACUUAAUGCAGAAUGUGCUACGAACUACAGCCACUGCUAUGGAAACUUUUAUUUUUAUAUACUUUAUUUUUAUCUGCUUUUACUUUUUUUUUUCCUGAGAGGAUAGGAUAGGAAUAGGGUAGGAAUGCAUACAAAAGAAGUGCUAAGGUUUGUUUAUCGGAUGGAAAGUAAUUCUGUGAUGUUUGUGCCUAAUGUAACUCCAUCUUGUAGAAAAGACAAGGGAAUCUCCAUUUUAUUACAGAUCUUUAGAAUUUUUAUACUCAAAAGCAAUUCAGAUGUAUUACCUUGUCUAUUCAGUCUUAAAAACAGAAAUAAGAGAAAAAAAAAAAAAUUAAUGACAGUUUAGUAGUCUUUCUUUUUUCUCUUUCUUUCCUACUUGUUUGUCCGUUCUUUGUCUUAGUCUUUCUUCUUCCUUUAUAAAGGAUUAAACCUUGAGGCAUGAUCCUUUCUCAUAAUCUAAUUAUAGCAAAGGAACAUGCAUCAAGGACAUUUUUAAAUCCUUGCCAAAAAAAAAAAAAGAAAAAAAAAGUAAAACUAAAAACUUCUACUGUAGAAAUUAAAAACUUUCAGAUUCGUAAUUUUGGAACAAGGAUUAACGAGGACUCUGGAACCUGCAAUUCGCUUGUUAUUUGUUUUGAGCGCAUUGUGGGUAUUUAUUGACCUCGGAGGAGCAUGCCGGGAGACGAGUCGAGUCCAGAUAUAUCAUAAAAAAGAUAAUGAUUGAAGCUACGACUUGUGUCCUGGAAAACAAAUGGAUGAGAAAUGCUUAGUUAUAUACAUUUUUUUUUUUUACAUUUUUUUUCCCAUUCACUAUCACUUACAUGCAGAUCAUUCUAGACAUAACCCCCCAAUGCUACAUUUACCCCCCAUUACAAUUAAUGACGUGUGACAAACUCACCAAGGUUGUAGAACAGCCCACAAAUGACUUAGUGUAGUUAAUAAGCUGUGAUGAUGUAAAACCUGUAUCUCAAGUCCAGAGUGAUCUGUAUUAAUAGUGAUGAUUAUCAUGAUGAUGGUAGGCUACUCAAUAAACUGUUAAUGAUAAAAAUAAAA